AAACAGUCCCACACCGCGCGCUGCUUCAGGCUAAAAACGUUGUUGCUAAAACUGCCGAGCAAAGAUGCCUGUUAAGAAAAGGAGCGCAGCCAGCAGUGCGAGCAGUAAGGGCAAAGGUAAAGCAUCACCUGCACACGAGGACACACCUGGUCAUCCUGAUGAUAUCUUCCCCAUGGUCCUGACAUCAGCCACCCAGGAGCUCUUUGGCUGCCUGGCUGACGAGGACGUCACGGGAGAGAACCCUUACAAGCUGCUGAAAAAAGACGACAUCAUACAGGACAUUAAGACAAGAGCGGCCGUGUCCGAUUUCAGCCCUGUGAAGCAGAUUGUGCUGGACUACCCAGAGGACGAACUCCUGCUGGUGUUUGACAGUGACUUCGUCUACGGUCAGUGCUUCUACCUGGUUGUGACACCAGAAGCUAAGGACAGAAUCCUCAACCCCCCAGUGCUCGAGACGGAAGAAGUGUUUGAGAUUGAAGUCAAUAAAACCCCAGAACCGCAGCCAUGGAUACCCCAAGGCAGCGAGCGGGAAGUAGAUGAAGAAGCAGACAGAGAGACCAGAGAAAGGCUGUGGUACAAGUUCUCCAGAGUACGGAGGAAUUUCGGGUCGCCGGUCUGUUUUUCCGACCGCAACACUGCAGACGCUAAGGACGGCUACCUAGAGUGCGCUUCCUAUCAAGACAGCAGAUUCAGCAUCAAGCAGAUGCAGAGGGACUGCGGGAUGCAGGCUGUUCCCAGGCUGCAGAGCAGCGGCGCUCAAACACAAUGGAAGUUUCAGAGGAAUAUCUUCACCCAGUACAUGCCGAGACAGUUGAGUGAUGAAGAGAAAGAGAACGUCCUGCAGUCUGACAGUCUGAAGAAGUUUUGCACCUCAGUGACCCCCAGGAUUCUGCACGCCCUCCAGCAGGUCCAGAUCGCUAACGUGUUCGUUGAUAGCUGGAGAGCUCUGGGUGCCGGGGCUGAGGAUGGUGACUGGGCCGGGAAGGUUUACGAAGAUUUGGCACUUUAUCAGGCCUUCACGGACCAGAAGUACAUGAACAACAGGAAAAUCAGCACCGUCAACUGGCAUCCUACCAUCUACGGCGUGAUAGCUGUGGCGCUGAUGAAGGAAAAGGAGGAGCGGGAGCGGGAGUCUACACCUUCUUUCAUUCUCUUCUACAGCUUCUCCGACCCCUCCAAUUCCCAGUUGCUGCUGGAGUGCCCAGAUGACAUUUGUGCCUUUGAGUUCUGCCCCUCCGAUCCAAAUAUUAUCGUUGGCGGCUGCAUAAAUGGCCAGGUUGUGUUGUGGGACAUUUCUGCUCACGUCACACACUUGCAGGGAACAGAGCCCAGAAGUAAAAAGGUCUCCAUCGACACUGACACAUACGACCUCGACGACAACAAAGAGAAGACUCCUACCGUGCACUACUGUGCAUUGUCUGCCGCGGAGAGCAGCCACAAAGCCCCAAUUACCGAUAUCCAGUGGCUGCCACCAACAUUUGAGGUGACCAGGACGGGCUCACCGGUGGAAAACAAGUAUAAGAUCUCUGUUCAGUUCGUCACCUGCUCCCCUGACGGCUUGAUAAUGUUCUGGGAUCUGCGAGUGCAAAAAGCGACGAGGCAGCCAGUGAUAGACACGAAGCAGACGACGACGCCACGCAGUGACGCCUUCAAACACCUGGAUCGCAUGUGGAAACCUCUGUUCAGGGUUUCUCUGCCAAGGAUCAAUACGAGUGGAGAGUACCUUCCUCUGAAGUUCAGCCUGGAACACUACACCUGCAGCAGUAAUGAAACAGCAGAAGAUGACGAUGAAAACAAUGAUAGCUCGGAGGUCCCAGACUACAGCCAGCUCAGACUGCCCUCGGCAAAAACACUCACAACUCUGGAGGAUGCCAAUACCAAGCUCUAUAUCGGAACAGAGGACGGGGAGAUUGUUUACGCUGACUGGAAGCCGGUGAGGGAUGAAUCUGGACGGCAGCACAGUGGCAAGCCCCUUCACUGUUACAGGGUCCAUGACGGGAUGGUGAAUACAGUGCAGCGGUCGCCCUUCUUCAAAGACAUUAUUUUGACAAUGGGUUCCUUUAACUUCGCCAUCUGGAAGGAGGGAGUCAUGGAAGACCACAUCAUCCAGUCGCCGAGCUCUGAGCAGAUCUGCACUGCGGCGUGCUGGUCCUUGUCCCAGCCAGCUGUUUUCUUCAUUGGGAAAAAGGAUGGCAGCAUUGAGGUGUGGAACCUGCUGGAAAAAACCAGCGGACCUGCACAGGUCCAGGCACACGUCACCGAUGCCAAGAUCACCUGCAUCAAACCCUGGACCGCCUCCUCUAAGCAGCACUUCCUGGCUGUGACUGAUGACCAAGGAUUAGUCCGUGUAUUAGAAAUCCCAAAGACACUCUACAGUCCCUCCAGGAGUAAGGGUUCGAGUGUGAAGAAAUAUUUUCAGCUGGAGGAAGACAGGUUGCACUUCUUUUUGGAAAAAGUGGAAGAGUGGGAGAAACUGAAGAAGGGAGCUGAAGAAGCCAAGAAGAGGACGGAGCCUGAAAAGUCCCCAAAAGAGACGGACCAGCCGACCAUGCAGGAAUGGAAAGAUCACCAGAUGCUGGAGGAAAGCGUCCUGAAGGAGCACAGACUGUGGACACCUACCGCCAACACACAAGAUACCUGACAUCACACACGUACACAGAUUUAUAUAUGAGACAUGGGAAGGGUCGUUGCUGUCUGUCAUAACUAUGUAUGUAUUAUAAUCUACUCUUUAUACCACUUUGAUAGAAAGUUUGUAACAGUUUUGUAAAGUCAUUCUGCUGAAACAUUCCGAUUCUUGUUUGGGGCUUCUGCAGAUCUAGUUACUGAGUAAUCCAUCCAUUAGCAACUCGAGGGUCUGACCUUGGCAGGAAGUCUUUCUUUCACUUUUUAUUUGUUAUUGUUCAAAGCUCAUCUGUUAUAUAAAUCAUUUUUUAUGGCUCA